GAAGGGAAUAUUGUUCAUUGAUUUUAAUAAAAUAAACUUGCGCUUAUUUAAUCGCCAAAUUCCAAUUGUGAGUGUUAAAAAUAUUUUGCACCCGGAAGACUUAUCUCUUUCGUUAUUUAUGAAGAUCAUUUAAAGUAUUGAAGUCAGUCGACUGAAACGUAACCUAGCCAAGUAAUGGAAGAGAAUGGAAGCAAGAGAAUGAGAGGCAGGACACGUGGCAGAGCACGUGGACGUGCCAGAGGUCGGGCUAGGGGAAGAACUAAAAAACAAGUUAAGGUCAUCGAAAGCGAUGAUGAAGAAACUCAGCAGCAAUCAGAGGACGCGGCUACGGAAGCAGGCAGUGGCGAGCCUGAGGAACACGAGCCUCCUGUGGUUCAGCAGCCUUCUCUUGAACAGCAAUUUGACUUGGAGGCUGAUAUAUCACAAUUGGAAGCUCCAACUUUCACGACCAUUAAUCGGGGCCCACCAGAGCCGAUGCUGCGUCUGAGGUGGGAUCAUCGAGUGAACCUCAUAGGAGAAAAAGUACUGAAUCCUAUGAUACACUGCUGCGACAAAUGUCUCAAGCCUAUCCUUAUCUAUGGCCGUAUGAUUCCUUGUAAACACGUGUUCUGCUUGUCUUGCGCUAAGAGAGAAGACAAAGUUUGUCCCCGUUGUAUGGAGAAAGUGUCUAGAGUAGAACAAACCGGUCUCGGUACCGUAUUCAUGUGCACGCAUGGUGGAACGAGAUAUGGAAACGCGGGAUGCAGGAGAACGUAUCUCAGCCAACGAGAUCUGCAGGCUCACAUCAAUCAUCGGCAUAUAUCGGCGCCGCCCCAACCGGUUCAAGGGAUGCAGGUAGAUCCUCCGCAAUAUGUGCACGCUAAAUCGGAUAUGGAGUCGCAGAUGUCGAAGGUGUCAUCUGUACCGAUGCAAAACGCGCGAUUAAAGUCCGUGCAGUCCCACAUGGUGCAACCGAUUAUGGGUAACGAUCCGCGCGUUAAUUCGCUGGUGAAUCAGCAACCGCUGCAACCGGAUCAGCACCGGCAGCAGCACAGACAGCAACAGCAACAACAGCAACAGGCGAUGAUGUCGAUGCAAAGUUACGCGCAGAAUGCCGCACCGCCCCCGCCGCCUCCGAGCAACACGCCUAUGCGGACCAAUCUCAUCACCGUGCCGAUUCAAGACACAUCCGCCAUGGCGGCGCAUGAACUCCAUACGCAACAGAGUCAUCAUUACUACCCGCCACCGCCGCCACCACCGCCCCCACCGCAAGUCAAUUACGGUGGCUACAGCGUGCCACCUCCGGUAUCGCAGACGACGCAGCAAUACUACCCGCAGCCGCAACAUCCGAGUCAGGUAUCCUACGUGCCGCCGCCGCCGCCACCGCAACAGCAACAAUAUGUUUCGUCGGCACCGACGUCCAUAAGACCGUCACCUACGGGUUACAUGCCCCAGGAGCCGCAGUACGGCCCGCCGUCUCAGCAACAACCGCCACCGCCACCACAACCGCAAUGGUCGCAGCAUCAACAACAGUUUUAUAGAUAAAAUGAAGGUUGCACUCUUGUGAAAUGUGUACAGUGUUGACGUAGCACUGGUGUAAAUAUAUAAAAGAAUGACGUAUAUAUAAUUGAAAUAGUGGAUUAUAAAACAAUAACAAAAAA